AUGGAGGCGGCCGGGGAGGCGAUGUCGGGGGCCGCCGAGGAUGGCGGGGGGGUGCAGGGGGAGUGGAGGACCCUCCUGGAGAAGUACACGGCGGGUCCCAUCGCUGACUCCUCCGAGGAGUUCGUCAACUUCGCCGCCAUCCUCGAGCAGAUCCUCAGCCACCGCUUCAAAGGUAACGGGGGGCGACCCUGUCCCCACCCCUGUGCCCCAGGGUUCUCGGUGAAGACCCUCCUGGAGAAGUACACGGCGGAUCCCAUCGAUGACUCCUCCGAGGAGUUCGUCAACUUCGCCGCCAUCCUCGAGCAGAUCCUCAGCCACCGCUUCAAAGGCCCUGUCAGCUGGUUCAGCUCCGAUGGGCAGCGCGGGUUUUGGGAUUACAUCCGCCUGGCCUGCAGCAAGGUCCCCAACAACUGCGUCAGCAGCAUCGAGAACAUGGAGAACAUCAGCACCUCCAGGGCCAAGGGCCGGGCGUGGAUCCGCGUGGCGCUGAUGGAGAAGCGCAUGUCCGAGUACAUCUCCACGGCCCUGCGGGACACACGGACCACCAG